GCGUGGAUUCUGGUGUCAACGGCUGAGAUCGCAGUUGCAGAAGCUACUGGUAGAGAGAGCAAACAAGCUUCCUCUCUCUCUCUCCUUCCCCCCGCUCUCUCUCUUCCAAAUUUCUGAUUUUAAUUCUGAUUUUUAUUUUCUGAGAAAAAAAGACGAGAGAAAUUUUCUGUCGAGUUUUCUAAAGAUGAAGUUGAUGGAGGAAGAGAGGGAAUAUGAAGAGGAAAAGGAAAUUAAGGUUACGAAGGAGGAAGAGGCGGACGGUGAGGACGAAAGUGAGGUAGAAGGCGGCGAAGAGGAAGAAGAAGACGACGACGACGAUGAAGAUGAUGAUGAUGAUGGGGAAGACGAUGACGACGAUGACGACGACGGAGGAGAAGAGGAUGAUGAUGAGGAAGUGCAGGUUAUUCACUCUUCCGGUGGUCCUCCGGUGCAGUCAGUGGAUGACGAUGAGGAUGACGACGAGGACGAGGAUGAUGAAGACGACGACGACGGUGAAGGAGACGGCGGCGACGACGACGACGACGACAGUGAUGACGAUGAGGAAGGUGAAGGGGAGGAGGAUAUGGGGACGGAAUACCUUGUCCGGCCCGUAGGUCGUGCUGAAGAUGAGGAAGAUGCUAGUGAUUUUGAACCAGAAGAGAAUGGUGAGGAGGAGGACGUUGAGGAAGAGGGUGAAGAUGAAGAUGAUGAAGAUGAGGCUGGUGGAAAGAUUGAAGCUCCACCCAAGAGGAAGAGGUCGGACAGAGAUGAUUCUGACGACGAUGAUGAUGGUGGAGAGGAUGAUGAGAGACCCUCCAAGCGAUAGGGCUGGCCCCUUAUUGGUUUGAGGACUGACCAUUGCCCAUAUAGGUCAAUCUCUCUCUUUCUCUCUCCUCUUUCUAAAAAAAACCAUCUCUCUGUCUUUGUGGAAAGAAUGAUAGGAUGCGUUAUGCGUUCUAUUUUUUAGUUGUAUCAUCAUGGUUCAGUACUAGUAGACUUUACAUGUUCAAUUUGGUAAUGCAUAGUUAUGUUCUCCUGAAAAAAGGAAAACUAUUGGGAACAGCUGGUUUAGAAUUUGUGUAAGUUUAUGAUCCUAGAUUAAGUUGUAGACUGAGAAAUUCCUCCGCCCCAUCUUUUAGAAUUGAUAGCAUGUUUUUCUAGUCAGAUUUUCUUUCUUAAGAAUUCUUGUGAUCUAUUGAAAUGGUUGUUGGAUGGCAUUGUGAUU